CUGUACAUGACAGCAUUGUUGAGAAAAAACAGAGAAAGACAGGGAAAGGGCCACAGCCUUUUUUUUCCUCCCAAUUCACUCUAAUCAUUGUGCUACUUAGAGAGAAUGUGCGUGUGUGUGUAUCUGUGUAUCUGUAGACUGAAGGGUUAGUGCAGGAUGUCAUUUGGUGCCUGACAGUGGAGCAGUGCAGUUGACUCUUUGCUCUGCUAUCCAAUGACAUCCAGUGGCUGAGAGUUUGAAGCUGAUGGUUGGGUCUCCUUAGUGCUGCAUGCACACCUGACAGGCAGCUGUUAAACUGAGCAAAGGCGAGCUUGGGGAGUCACAAUCUAUGCAUAAAUGAUAGGGGUCUCUCUGCUGAAGUCAGAAGAGGCAGAAGUGGAUGUGAGAGACAGACACACACAGAGACACAGAGAGCGAAAGAGGGCAAGAGACUUGACUUUAAGAGACUCCUGCACUGACAACUCCAUGCAGUUCGGAACAAGAACGGCAGCGACCGACUCUGGUUUCAUGGGGACAUGGCAGAACACUGACACUAACCUCUUAUUCAGAAUGUCCCAACAGGCCAUCCGCUGUACACUGGUAAAUUGCACAUGUGAAUGUUUUCAGCCAGGGAAGAUUAACCUGAGAACCUGCGAUCAGUGUAAACAUGGCUGGGUGGCACAUGCCUUGGACAAACUUAGUACUCAGCACCUCUACCACCCAACCCAAGUGGAGAUUGUGCAGUCCAAUGUUGUGUUUGACAUCAGCAGCCUGAUGCUCUACGGUACUCAGGCUGUGCCUGUGAGACUGAAGAUUCUGCUUGACCGACUCUUCAGUGUACUGAAGCAAGAGGAGGUGUUGCAUAUUCUACAUGGCUUAGGCUGGACACUGCGAGACUACGUUCGAGGCUACAUUCUUCAGGAUGCUGCAGGCAAGGUGCUGGACCGCUGGGCCAUCAUGUCCAGGGAAGAAGAGAUCAUUACCCUUCAGCAGUUCCUGAGAUUUGGAGAAACGAAAUCUAUCGUGGAGCUGAUGGCAAUUCAAGAAAAGGAAGGGCAGGCUGUGGCUGUGCCAUCUUCAAAGACAGAUUCAGAUAUAAGGACUUUUAUUGAAAGCAAUAAUCGCACCAGGAGCCCAAGUCUCCUUGCUCACCUGGAGAACAGCAACCCUUCCAGCAUUCAUCAUUUUGAAAACAUCCCGAAUAGCCUUGCAUUCCUGCUUCCAUUCCAGUACAUAAAUCCAGUCUCUGCUCCACUGCUGGGGCUGCCUCCAAAUGGCCUCCUGCUGGAACAGCCAGCAAUGAGGCUCCGUGAACCAAGCCUUACGACCCAAAAUGAAUAUAAUGAGAGCAGUGAAUCUGAAGUUUCCCCUACACCUUUCAAGAAUGAGCAAGCAUCCAGCAGGAAUGCUUUGACCAGCAUCACAAAUGUGGAGCCCAAAACUGAGCCAGCCUGUGUCUCUCCUGUUCAAACACCUACGCCAGUCAAUGAUUUAUCAAAAACAGAGCACACAAAAAGCUCAUUCCGAAUUCACAGAAUGAGGAGAAUGGGGUCAGCCUCCAGGAAAGGAAGAGUGUUUUGCAAUGCAUGUGGCAAAACUUUCUAUGACAAAGGUACUCUUAAAAUCCACUACAAUGCUGUGCACCUGAAAAUCAAGCAUCGAUGCACUAUUGAAGGCUGCAAUAUGGUCUUCAGCUCUCUGAGAAGCCGCAAUCGCCACAGUGCUAACCCAAAUCCCCGCCUCCACAUGCCUAUGCUAAGGAAUAACCGUGACAAAGAUCUAAUUCGUGCUACAUCAGGUGCCGCCACUCCUGUCAUAGCAAGUACAAAGUCCAACCUAACUUUAACAAGCCCUGGGCGUCCACCGAUGGGGUUUACCACUCCCCCUCUGGACCCAGUACUACAGAACCCUCUUCCCAGUCAGCUGGUCUUCCCAGCUUUAAAGACUGUCCAACCUGUUCCUCCUUUUUACAGAAAUUUACUUACUCCUGGAGAGAUGGUGAGUCCUCCAACCUCACUCCCGACCAGUCCCAUAAUACCAGCUGUGAGUGGCAUGGAGCAGCAUCCCCCUCCUCCUUCAGAGUCAUCAGUACCUUCAGUGUUGAUGCCUACCCCAGAGCCCAAUGCAGACCUUGCCCCCAAGAAGAAGCCAAGGAAGUCAAGCAUGCCAGUUAAAAUUGAAAAGGAAGUUAUUGACACUGCUGAUGAGUUUGAUGAUGAAGACGAAGAGGUGAAUGACAGGAGCACAAUGGUGAAUGACAUUGGUCAUGACAAUCACUGCCAUUCUCAGGAGGAAAUGAGCCCAGGCCUGUCUGUUAAAGACUUUUCCAAAAGUGACAGAAGCAGAUGUAUGUCCAGACCAGACAUAAGAAGGGCAGACAGCAUGACAUCAGAAGACCAGGAGCAUGAGAGAGACUAUGAAAAUGAGUCAGAGUCAUCAGAGCCCAAAUUGUGUGAAGAAUCCCUGGAAGGCGAUGAUCGCCUCCAUGAACCUGGUGAAAAAUCUAUGAUGCACAGUGACCGACCAGAUGAAAACCACAAUGACUCUUCCAACCAGGAUGUCAUUAAGGUGAAGGAAGAGUAUACAGACCCUACAUAUGAUAUGUUCUAUAUGAGCCAAUAUGGACUGUACAAUGGAGGCAGUGCCAGUAUGGCUGCUCUUCAUGAAAGUUUUGCUUCUACAUUCAACUACAGCAGCCCUCAGAAGUUCUCCCCAGAAGGAGAAAUGUGCUCCAGUCCAGACCCGAAGAUCUGCUAUGUUUGCAAGAAAAGUUUCAAGAGUUCCUACAGUGUGAAGCUUCACUACCGAAAUGUUCAUUUAAAAGAGAUGCAUGUCUGCACAGUGGCUGGCUGUAACGCUGCGUUCCCAUCACGGAGAAGCAGAGACAGACACAGUGCUAACAUAAACCUGCACCGUAAACUGUUGACCAAAGAACUGGAUGACAUGGGCUUGGACACUUCACAGCCUUCUCUUAGUAAGGACCUCCGCGAUGAAUUUUUGGUGAAGAUAUAUGGCGCGCAGCAUCAGAUGGGGCUUGACAUAAGGGAAGACACCUCCUCACCUGCUGGCACUGAGGAUUCCCAUAUGAAUGGGUACGGCAGGGGCAUGGCAGAAGACUAUAUGGUACUAGACCUGAGCACCACCUCCAGCAUCCAGUCCAGCAGCAGUAUCCAUUCCUCAAGAGAAUCUGAUGCAGGAAGCGAUGAGGGUAUUCUCCUGGAUGACGUCGAUGGGGCAAGUGACAGCGGGGAAUCUGCCCACAAAGCAGAUGCCCCUGCCUUAGCUGUAGGUAUGGGCACCGAUGUCCCAGGAUCCCUCAUGUUCAACAGUGUUUCGGUGAGCAACGGUGGGAUAAUGUGUAACAUUUGCCACAAAAUGUACAGCAACAAGGGAACCCUCAGAGUGCACUACAAAACAGUGCACUUGCGAGAAAUGCACAAGUGCAAAGUCCCUGGGUGCAACAUGAUGUUCUCCUCUGUCCGUAGCCGAAACCGGCACAGCCAGAACCCCAAUCUGCAUAAAAACAUUCCUUUCACUUCAGUAGAUUAGGUCAACUAUGGACAGAGCAAAAUGCCAGCUCUCAGAGAGGGCCCACUCACAUCUGAACUGCCAUAAUCAGUCUCCCUC